CGGCUGCUUCGUCACGCCUGCCUCCUCCUGCCUGCAAUCGGCUGCAAGAGUGCACGCAGCACAGGCGUGCAUGAGGGACUCGUCGGGCUCGGAACUUUACAUUGGAGCCGCUCAACAUGCACAAGUAAACUCCCCACCCGCGACUCGUCGUUAUCCCGGAAGACACCGGCAGGACUGGAUGGAUUACGCUGCGUCCGAUGAAAUCUCCCCCUUCGCGGAGAGCCACUGAACGGUGGAAGUUGAGCAACGGGCCGAGCGCCGCACGUCUUCUGUCAGUCGUCGCCUCAUCAGGACCUCCGUGCCGUUCGGCAGGCGAGGCGAGACGGCUCGCGGUGCACGUGGUCCAACAUGUUGAGCGCGCACACGGGCAACUUGACCCACCCGGAAUACUUGCAACCGCUCACGGCCGCCUCUGUCACCAUUGAGCUGGACGUGAAGAAGAGCCCUCUGGCUAUGCUGGCCCAGACAUGCUCGCAGAUUGGGAAAGCAGAUCCUCCGGCGUCCUCCAAGGAAAGCACCACGCGCUCCAGCUUUAAAGUGGGAGAGCAGCGUCCACCUUUGGCGGACAUGUGCAGCUUCAAGCCCUACCUCAAAGGAAGCGGUGGCAUUGGUAGAGGUAGCGAUGAUGAAGUGAGCAGCAGCAGUUUGUCCGAGAAAGUAGGAGUCGAGGCCCUUGGCGGCGCUCGUGGGCACAUAGCCAACGCACCGUCGUACGGGCCCCACCCUUUCUCGCCGAGCUGCGGUGAGAAAGGAUCCACCCAACGAUCAGGUGGCACGACGCCCAACCCGCUGCGCCACUCGCCGAAUAGCGAGCGUGAAACUGGAAGCCCGAGCAGCACAAGUAGCGACUGUGGUACGAGCGGCGGACAGUCCCAAAAAGACAUUGACGCAAGCAGGCUGACCUCAGAGGGUCUGCACCUCGCCAACUCUGGCCACCCCCGAGCCAGCGCCAUCUGCGGCGUGAGCAGCUCAGGUGGCAGCCAAUCAGGUUCCGGCCCCGGGCGCCUUACGCCCAGUUCGCCCUACAAGGCGGCUCACCGCCACUUCCCCUUGCCACCGUCCAAUGUGGUCUACCACGGCUCAAUGGCGGGCACCUACGCUGGCUACCCGCCUCAGUUGGGUCCCAAGCAUCCCAGCUCCAUCCCACACGCGAGAGCCUCGCCACCUUUCUUCAUGCAGGGUCUGUGCCGGGAUCCCUACUGCCUCAGCUACCCAAGCCUUCCCCAUGUCAGCAGCGGCCCCUGCAUCCAAGAGCUCUCAAGUCUCAAUUGCAGCUUUCCUUUGGUAUACCCUGCCCACCCGCCACACCCGUUCUACUCCUACAUAUUGCCGAGCAACCCCCACACGUGCAACCGGGAGUCAGCCAGGGCUCCGGGUGACAAGCACUUUACUGCGCCUGAUGAGCUGGUUCACCUGCGGGCACACAUGGCCAUAGAGGCGGACCCCAAGGUUCCGUCCUCGACACCUGCCCGUUGUCUUCAGCACUUGCCCCACUUGAGUGGCUCGGGGGGCUCCGUCCGAGCGCCGCAGAGUAUGGGAAUAGCUCGCUAUCACCCCUACAGUACUUUGCCAUCCGGACCCUACACCAUGGCCGUGCGCUCUUGGCCAACCACAGGCCCAUGCUACCCGCACUAUGCCUUCUACAACCAAAGACUGGAACCUCCAUCGCAUCUGGACUACCAAUGAUGCCUUCAGGGGAUACUUUUAGCUGGGGGACUUUUUGGAUCAAUGUUGACACCACUUCUUGGUUGCACUGAGGAAUUGAGAACUUCAAACCUUGAGCACCCAGUUCAUUCGGAAUGUACGAGGAAAAAAGAGAAAAUAAAUCCUUGUACUUUUGCACCCUCA